AUGAUUAUGUUUCUUCUUUUAGGGAAGAUUUCUCUGGGUAUUUUGAUAUUUUUCCUGACAGGAGGAAACCUUGUAUCAUUCUCAGGUAAGACCAUCUUUUCUGCAGAAGAGAUACAGGAACCCAUGCAUGCAGUCUCUGUCCUGCAUGAGAAGGCCACAGACCCUUCCCUGCCUACCAGAAAGAGACAGCUUUUGGACCCCGCAGAGGCUGAGAGGAGGUGGCUGCUUAGAAGGCGGAGAUCUAUUCUGUUCCCAAAUGGAGUCAAAGUUUGCCCCAAUGAAAGCGUUACAGAGGCUGUGGCCAACCAUGUGAAGUAUUAUAAAGCCCGAGUAUGCCAGGAAGCCAUCUGGGAAGGCUUCAGGACGUUUUGGGAUCGACUUCCUGGCCGUGAGGAAUAUCGUUACUGGAUGGACUUAUGUGAGGAUGGAAUCACAAGUGUAUUUGAAAUGGGCACACAUUUUAGUCAGUCUAUGGAACAUAGAAACUUAAUCAUGAAGAAACUGACUUACACAAAGGAAGCUGCAAGCAGAUCCUGCAAGGACGAGGCCUGUGGGAGGAUGUCACUAUGGGAUGACUUUGAGGUCUCAAGCAAUACCAGUGUUAAAGACAGUUCACCUCCUAUUGCCUAUGGGAUCAAGAUGCCACCCUAUAUCUCUCUACCCGCACAACCUGCUGUGGAGCAGAUAGCUGAGUUCAGCAUCCAACUUCUGGGGAAGCAAUAUAGUGAAGACCUGCGGGACCCCUCCAGUGUCCUCUACCAACUCCUCGUUGAAGAGUUUGUUUCAGAGGUUGAAAAUGCAUUCACAGGGUUACCAGGAUACAAGAGCAUCCGUGUUCUUGAAUUCAGGUCCCCUCAGGAGAACGGCAGUGGGAUAGACGUUCACUAUGCAGUCACCUUCAAUGGCGAGGCCAUCAGCAAUACCACCUGGGACCUCAUAAGCCUUCACUCCAACAAGGUGGAAAACCAUGGCCUGGUAGAGAUGGACGAUAAACCCACUGCUGUUUACACCAUUAGUAACUUCAGAGAUUAUAUUGCUGAGACACUGCACCAGAACUUUCUGACGGGAAAUUCCUCUUUGAAUCCAGACCCCAAGUCUCUCCAGCUUGUCAAUGUGAGAGGAGUUUUGCUCCCCCAAAUAGAAGACAUAGUUUGGAACACCCCGAGUUCAAGCCUUCAGGUGACAACAUCUGCUGUUCUGGAUAAUACCCUUCAAGCUGAAUGGCUCUCAGCAGAUGAAUCCACCACCACCAAUAUUUCACCACUUGAUUUCAGCGCUGGUCCUCCCUCCACCACUGGCAGGGAACUCCGAUCAGAAAGUGCUUUGGGUGAUUUAGUGUCUACACCUACAUUAGCCUCUCCCUCGAAGGUGGUCCUCAGUUCUUCCCCAGAAGUUUUAGAGGGUAGCAGCUUGACUCUUCAUUCUGUUACUCCAGCAGUGCUUCAGAGUGGCUUGCCUGUGGCUUCUGAGGGAAGGACCCCUGGAUCUUCCGUAUUAGAAGAUGGAUUAGCCAGUAUUGAAGAACCAGAAGAUGCUUCUGUGGAUGUAUUGCCUUCAAGCUCAUUAAUUCAACCUGUGCCAAAAGAAACAGUACCACCUGUGGAAGACUCUGGCAUGGCUUUCUUGACAUCCUCACCACAUUUGACCUCUUCUGUCAUAGAAGACCUUGCUAAAGACAUAACUACACCUUCUGGCUUGGACUCCUUGGUUUCCAAAGUCACAGACCAGCUGCACAUGAGCCCAUGGUUUCCAGACACCUCUGAAGAAAAGGAAUUCAGUUUUGAAAGUGGUUUGGGCUCUGGGUCUGGGAAAAAUGUGGAUAUGAUUACUUGGCCAUGGAGUGAGAUUUCAUUAGAGAAGACCACUGAAACAUUGUCAAAGUCAUGGCCUGAAGAUGAGUAUGAACUCUUGCCAACUGAGGGUAUAGAAAAAUUACAUAUAGAUGAAAGAGUAGAUUCCACAGAACAAAUGAUUGAACCUUCAGAACAUAGGUAUAGUGAUAGAUCCAUAAAUUCUACAGAGGAAGAAUCCCUUGGUAGAUCUACUGUACCCAUCUUUGUAGAAUCUGCGACCCAGUCCACAUCUCUAAUUUUUUCCAAGCACACAUCAGAUGUACCAGACACUGAUUCUUACUCAGUUACCAAAGCGCCCUUUUUACUGGUAGCUACGGCAACCUCUGCUUCCACUGAAGAAACAGAUGAAGUGAAUACCCCACUCAAGGAGGAUACAGUACAAACAGAGUCAUUUAGUCACAAAGGGCUUCACAGUGAGAUUUCAGUGGUGAAGCCAGAUAUGCAGCCUAUGGGGACCAUAUUGCCAGAAUCAGAUAUAGUUUGGGCAAGAACUUCUUCUUCCUUAGGGAAAUUGUCCAGAGACACAUUGGCAAGUACACCAGUGAGCACUGACAGGCUUUGGUUGAAAGCUCCCAUGACACAGUCCACUGAAUUGCCUCCAACAACCAGCUCCACCCAGCUAGAAGAUGAAGUAAUAAUGGGUGUACAGGAUAUUUCAUUAGAACUAGAUCGGGUAGGCACAGAUUACUAUCAGCCUGAGCUAACCCAAGAACAAGAUGGUAAAGUUGGAAGCUAUGUGGAAAUGUCUACAAAUGUUCACUACACAGAGAUGCCUUUUGUGGCUCAGCCCACAAAAGGAAGUGACUUGAGUCACACCCAGACCUCAGGGACACUGGUGGUUUUCUUUAGCCUCCGAGUGACAAACAUGAUGUUUUCAGAAGACCUGUUUAAUAAAAACUCUUUGGAAUAUAAAGCCUUGGAGCAAAGGUUUUUAGAAUUGCUGGUUCCCUAUCUUCAGUCGAAUCUCUCAGGGUUCCAGAACUUAGAAAUCCUCAACUUCAGAAACGGCAGCAUUGUGGUGAACAGCCGAGUGAAGUUCACCGAGACUGUCCCUCCUAAUGUCAACAAUGCCAUGUAUAUGAUUCUGGAAGACUUUUGUACCACUGCCUACCAAACCAUGAACUUGGAUAUUGAUAAGUACUCCCUGGAUGUAGAAUCAGGUGAUGAAGCCAACCCUUGCAAGUUUCAGGCCUGUAAUGAAUUUUCUGAGUGCUUGGUAAAUCCAUGGAGUGGAGAAGCAAAGUGCAAAUGCCACCCUGGGUACCUGAGUGUGGAUGAACUGCCUUGUCAAAGUCUUUGUGAUCUACAGCCUGACUUCUGCUUGAAUGAUGGAAAAUGUGACAUCAUGCCUGGGCAUGGGGCCAUUUGUAGAUGCCGGGUUGGUUCGAACUGGUGGUACCGAGGCCAACACUGUGAGGAGUUUGUGUCUGAGCCCUUUGUCAUAGGCAUCACCAUAGCCUCUGUGGUUAGCCUUCUCCUUGUGGCUUCUGCUGUCAUCUUCUUCAUUGUGAAGAUACUUCAAGCUCAGAAUAUAAGGAGAGAAAGGCAGAGGUCUACCAGGCACCCUGACAGCCUGUCAUCUGUGGAGAAUGCUGUGAAGUACAACCCUGCAUAUGAAAGCCACUUGGCUGGAUGUGAACAGUAUGAGAAGCCCCACAGCCAGCACCCAUUCUAUAGCUCUGCUAGUGAAGAGGUGCUUGGUGGUCUGAGCAGAGAAGAAAUCAGACAGAUGUAUGAGAGCAGUGGCCUUUCCAAAGAGGAAAUUCAAGAGAGAAUGAGGAUUUUGGAACUGUAUGCUAACGAUCCCGAGUUUGCAGCUUUUGUGAGAGAGCAUCAAAUGGAAGAGCUUUAACCUAAAUGCCUAUUUUUGGACACCAACUAGAAGCUUGGAGGAGAUGGAGAAGGCUUGUUACGUCUGCUGUAUAAUUAACUUGGAGUGUGAGCGUUGAUGGAAGAAGAGUUUUUACUGAAGAACAAAUAACAAGCGUGGGACACACUUCUCAUCCCAGCUGCAGCUUCGGGUUUUGGAAUGUAGCAAAAAUUGUGACAAAUUUUAUUUCUAUGAAGAUCAAGAGAUGUGGCUAAAGAAAUUUAAAGCGGUGUGAAUUGUGGUUCUAAAAACAAAAAAAAAUAAACUGGAACCACACCAGAAACCUAAAGGCAGACGUGGGAGCUGGGGCUGCUUUGCCUCUGCCUCUGCCUCCUUGAGAGUGGCUCUCAGAACCCUGCUCUAGGCUUUCUCUUGAGAACACAAGGUGAGACUAUUACAAAAAGGAGUCAAGCUUAGCGAGCCACUGUUUUGUGACAUAUUUGUUAAAGUCAAAUGGGAUGGAGGAGGCUUUGAAGUGAUUUUAGUAUCAAAUAUCCACCUAACUAAAAAUUAGACUUUUGGAACAAAUGGCAGGAUUAAGCCAUCUUUAGCCGUAGUAUGUCUGCCCUCCUUUUGAACCUUCCUGAGCACAACAAUCAAGACCAUAACAUUGUUAGUUAUGUCAAUACGGGCCACAGUUCUGCCAUCAACUUGAUGCACCUAAGAUGAAGGAAACUGAGGAAUUGCAUCCAUCAGAUUGGCCUAUAGGCAUCAGUGGGGGCAUUUUCUU